GAUCUAUUUGGGAAGUUGGCUGGCUCUCAAGGCAGAGUCUCUUCUCAAAGGCUGUUUCACAGUGAAAAUAUGCUCAGUGCAGCCGAGUGCAUGAAUGAAAAAGCCUCUGGUACGUUCUAGUCUGGCAAAAUGCAGCACAAAACUCAACUUACUCUGUCCUUUCUGCUGUCCCAGGUUCUGUUGCUUGCGUGUGCAGAAGAUUUAGAAUGCACCCCUGGAUUCCAGCAAAAGGUUUUUUAUAUUGAACAGCCAUUUGAAUUCACAGAGGACCAGCCAAUUCUGAACCUGGUGUUUGAUGACUGCAAGGGGAAUAACAAAUUGAACUUCGAAGUUUCUAACCCAGACUUUAAGGUGGAAGACGACGGGUCUUUAGUUGCACUGAAGAAUGUAUCAGAAGCUGGCAGAGCUUUGUUUGUCCACGCACGAUCUGAGCAUGCUGAGGAUAUGGCAGAAAUUUUGAUUGUUGGAGCUAAUGAGAAGCAUGGUGCAUUAAAGGAAAUGUUUAAGAUAGAAGGCAACCUUGGAAUUCCAAGACAAAAAAGGGCUAUUCUGGCAACUCCAAUAUUAAUUCCAGAAAAUCAAAGACCACCAUUUCCAAGAUUAGUUGGCAAGGUCAUCAGCAGAGAAGGGACAGAGGGAGCAAAGUUCCAACUCUCUGGUAAGGGAGUAGAUCAAGACCCGAAAGGAAUUUUUAGAAUCAAUGAGAUCAGUGGGGAUGUCUCUGUGACCCGACCCCUGGAUAGAGAAGAAAUAGCCAAUUAUGAGCUGGAAGUUGAAGUAACGGAUUUAAGUGGGAAAAUCAUCGAUGGCCCAGUCCGCCUAGAUAUUUCUGUUAUUGAUCAAAAUGAUAACAGGCCGAUGUUCAAAGAAGGACCCUAUAUUGGUCAUGUCAUGGAGGGAUCCCCUACAGGAACAACUGUGAUGCGGAUGACAGCAUUUGAUGCUGAUGAUCCUAGCACAGACAACGCUCUUCUGCGGUACAACAUCCUCAAACAGACACCUACCAAACCCUCCCCAAAUAUGUUCUACAUUGACCCAGAAAAGGGAGAUAUUGUCACAGUGGUGUCACCUGUACUGCUGGAUCGUGAGACAAUGGAAACACCGAAGUACGAGCUGGUUAUUGAAGCCAAAGAUAUGGGUGGCCAUGAUGUGGGACUUACUGGAACUGCAACUGCUACUAUUCUUAUUGAUGACAAAAAUGACCACCCGCCAGAAUUUACCAAGAAGGAGUUUCAGGCCACAGUAAAGGAAGGAGUCACAGGUGUAAUAGUAAACUUAACUGUUGGUGACCGAGAUGACCCAGCAACUGGAGCAUGGAGAGCUGUCUACACUAUUAUUAACGGAAAUCCAGGGCAGAGUUUUGAAAUCCAUACCAAUCCCCAGACUAAUGAGGGAAUGCUCUCUGUUGUCAAACCUUUAGACUAUGAGAUUUCAGCAUUUCACACGUUGCUGAUAAAAGUAGAAAAUGAAGACCCACUGAUUCCAGACAUAGCCUACGGCCCCAGCUCCACAGCAACAGUUCAGAUCACUGUUGAGGAUGUGAAUGAAGGCCCUGUUUUCCACCCAAACCCAAUGACAGUAACAAAACAAGAGAACAUCCCUAUUGGCAGCAUUGUGUUAACAGUAAACGCCACUGAUCCAGACACUUUGCAGCAUCAGACUAUCAGGUAUUCGGUUUACAAGGAUCCAGCAAGCUGGCUAGAGAUUAAUCCCACCAAUGGUACCGUUGCCACCACUGCAAUCCUGGAUCGGGAAUCUCCUCACGUUCAGAAUAACAUAUACACAGCUCUCUUUUUGGCAAUAGACAGUGGUAACCCUCCUGCUACAGGUACAGGAACUUUACACAUCACCUUGGAGGACGUCAAUGACAAUGUCCCAUCCCUGUACCCAACACUGGCAAAAGUCUGUGAUGAUGCUAAAGAUCUCAGAGUAGUGGUACUAGGAGCAUCAGACAAAGACCUCCAUCCCAAUACAGAUCCAUUUAAAUUUGAACUGAGUAAGCAAUCUGGCCCAGAAAAGUUGUGGAGAAUCACGAAGCUUAACAAUACUCAUGCCCAGGUUGUCCUGCUUCAAAACCUGAAAAAGGCCAAUUACAACAUCCCAAUCUCAGUGACAGAUUCUGGAAAACCACCUCUGACUAACAACACAGAACUGAAAUUACAAGUGUGUUCCUGCAAGAAAUCCAGAAUGGACUGCAGUGCAAGUGAUGCCCUUCAUAUCAGCAUGACUCUUAUCCUUCUUUCACUCUUCAGUUUGUUCUGAACAUCAAGUGAUUCAAGACUGAAGCAAUGCAUUCUUGAAUGGCACGAGACUAAAACAAACCACAGGAAGUUUCAAAUGGAAAAGACUUUUAAGAUCACAGAUCUUUCAAUUUGCAAGCCUAUUCUGGUUACCUGCAGAUUCACUUUUCAGCCUAUACUGUGUGUUAGUUGGCUGAGUUUUAGACAAUCACACAGUACAGUUAAUUCUUUUAGAGUGGAACCUUCUGCCCACUCCUCCCCCUGCCUCAAAAAAAAGAAUUCCCAUUCCACAUAGUGCAUACAUCACAUGGGUACCUAAAGUAGUAGCUAAUUAAUCCUACCCAAAUAAUUAAAAAAAUACUGACACUGAUUGAGUUCCAGGGCUAUGGAGCAAGAGAAGGGUGGGUUGAGGGUAAAGGGAAGGUAGUCUGUCUUGAUAAGAGUCUCACUUGUAACACAGACAUUUGUGCCCAGUCUUCUAAUUUCCCUGCAGGUGUACUCUGUAUUGUUGUGCACUGGGCUUUGGGAGCCCACCUAAAGUUAAUGGAGCUUGAAAUGGCACAGAAGUCCAUAUGUACAUAUAUAAUUGGAGAGAGGAUGUUUAUAUACCUACUCAUGUAGAUAUGACAAAUAGGAAUACCUUCAAAUUAUACAUAAACAUAUUUAAAAUGUACUUAAUGAGAUUAAAUUUUACUGAGUCAAUUAGGUGGGAAAUGGUGUUUUAUGCAUAUUUUAAACCAUCCAAACAUGUUCUAGAAGUAUAGCUUUGGAAAAAAAAAAGCCUACUACACUUCAAAAGCUGUGUGUUUGGAAUGCAGAACAGAAAAAUAUUACCAGCAAAUACAGCUACUUCACUAAAAGCUGUAAUACUGCUUGUGAUGGUCAUUCUGUAGACAUGAAAUGAACAUUUAAAGAGAUUAGUCUGAUUGACCAUUCAGUGGCAUGAAUUCAAAUGAACAUUUUAUGUUUUCAUUUUCUCAGUAGGAACCAUUGAUAUAUAAUAGUUUGUAUCUUUUCAGAAGAGCUUCUUAACAUCAGCUAAAUGUGUUCUGGAGUGGACUAUGACUGAAAACUAGAACUGAACAGAUGCCCACUUCAUUUUUUUUUUUUUUCUGUCUACAAUACCAGCUAUACUUUUUGUUGUUGUUUUUUAAUUUCUUUUAACUAUCAUCUGUUUCCUCUGAAAGUUCCCUACCUCAUCACAUCCCAACACCUCACAUCCUCUGCAUGCUUACAGCUUGCUAUUUGUGACAUUGAAAAUCUGACUGUGCCUAAGGGUUACAUGGUGUUGCUCUUCCUCCUCCUGCUCCGGAGUAUUUCAGACCCACAUCUUAAAACCCUGUGUUAUCCAUACACACAGCAUCUAUGUGUCAUUGGUUAGUAUUCACAAUUGUCCUGCUUACAAAUUCCUCUUCAAAUUCUUUGAUACAAAGCCUGGUAAAUUUCAGUGUAGCCAAACUUGACAGUUUUCUUUUUAUUUCUUCUCUUUCACGGCUUCAAAGCAUACUAUUUUCCACUCAUUGUUAUUCUUGCUUAAUAAGAGUUUCUUUUAGAUGUUUCUUUUAGUAUUUCAAGCUGGGGUUAGGAUACACCUGCAGAUCUGAACGUGUCUGGACUAUCUAAGUUCAUAUUCAACUUAUAGUAAACUAACCUGUGCUGCUGUGGAAGUUGAGAUCUGACUGCCUAAACAGUUACACGUUGCCUACAAGGUUGCAUAGGUGGUUUUUUUUAAUGCAAUUUAUUUUCAGUAUACAUACAAAAAAUUAGACUUGUUCAACAUCACUAUUUCAAAACUGUACUUACUUCACUUGCUGCAUAUUUUCAACUGUUCAGCUAAAUUGAUCAGAUUAGAGCAUCACAAAAUAUAUUUCCAGAUUGCAGGUAAUCACCUCUCUACUUCUUUUGCUUUUAGUGAACUGGCAAAGAAAGGAAGUUUGUUUGCUCUUGGUUAAGCAAAGGUGACGUAGUUCAAGAAAAGCAUCCAGCUAAAAUCAUACUUUAAAAAAAAAACAACAAAAAACAAAACAUUGACAGUAUCUUAGUUGCUGUAUCACAGAAUUUACUGCACCGUCACCCCCAAUAAGAUGCAUGAAAUCCACGCCAAAUAGGAAUUGUACAAGAUAAACAUAGUUCUGCAAUAAAUAAUAGAAUAAGACAUGCUUCUAGAACUUCAAAGCAAAUGUAACUAGCCCCUUAGUUAAUGAACCUUUCUCUCAGAUAAAUGCUUGUUAGUACUACACAUGCACAUACAUUUUGUGUGUCACGAGGGCAACCCAGUGCAAAGUUAGUGAAUGUGAAUACAUGACAAGGAGAAGCAGAAAGAGGGAUUCAGUAGUGAGCAAGGCUCAUGUGAGAAGUUACAAGAGUUAAGACUGCUUUGGUGUAAAAUCAGUGCUGUUCCACAUCUGCCUGUAUAGUAUUAUUACAAGUUAGCGUGUGAGACUCCAGGAAAUAUCAGCUGCUGGUGUCAAACAGAUACCCUUUGAAAAUGACUUCUGCCUGAGCAACCUUUUCCCCUGUGCAAGCUGAUUAGUUUGGACUGGCAUGUUUCUCCCCAGCCUUGCCCAUUUUGGCUAAUUGCAUGGCACAUGCAAGGAUUUUAGCACUGAAGUUCAAUACUGACAUUGAUAUAUGAGCGCCUGCUGGAGCUUUGAACAGAAUUACAAGGUACUCAUUCCACAAACACAGCAUUAAUACAUACAGUGUUUUUCCAAUCAUUAAGAAUUUUGGAAUCAGAAGAUAAUUGGAUUCCCACUUAUGUUUGACAUUACAAGUGCAAGUUUUCAGGAUAAACUCAUCUACUUUGUAAAAAUGUCUAUACUCCUAUUACUGUUCAGUGAGAUUACAAAUUUGCUCUAGCCACAAGCAUAUUAAAAAUGGAUUUCUUAAUUGCUCAAGUAAGAUUGUACGUUAUCUGUCUAAGGACAGCGCUUACGGCCUUCCUAAUUUAAAGAGAUUUGGCAUGAAGAUCCCUGUCAUUCUCUCAGAAGACAAUUUCCAGGAAGUCACAAGUAGUGACCACUGGAAUUUGUCAUUUCCAUCAACAUACAGUCAUACCUUGGAAGAGGCCACAGGGGAAUGUAUCUACUUAAUAAUUAUUGUAUAGAAAUGUACAGUAUAAUAUACUUUAACAUCAUGUGGUGCAAACACUGAUGCUACUGGUGUUGAAAUUUACCUAUGUCAAAUCAACCAGUGAUGUACAUGAAAACUACUUCCGUUUUUCUAAGUUCUACAUGAAAGCUAUAUUAAUAACUGUGUAUCUAAUGAAUGCCCUUUUACAGAUGCUAAAGUAAGGAAAGAAGUACCUGAAUGUUGAUUAACUGCCUAAUCAGAAACAUGGUUCUGAUCUCUUCUACCAUUUUUCCAUUACCCCUUUAACAUUACUGAGGUUUCGAUAAAGUCCAUGAUGUAAUGCAGACUUCUAAUUAAGCAAAGAUUAAUGUAAUAUUUCUGAUGAGAAGGUAAUUAAAGGAAAUCUGAAGAAAUGGAGCAUGCCUGACUUGAACUUCAGACUCCAGCUGUGUUAACUUUCUUCAUUAUGUUAAAUGAAAAUUAAAGGAUGAAUACAUCUUGGGUAAAGUUCACUCCUUCACAGAGGGUCACCAUGAAACUUAAAUGCUUUUAACUUUUAUAAGGUUUAAACUGCAAUUUAAGAAGCACAGUCUGUGUAAUGGGAGAGGUGGAAGAGAGUGAUAACUCUGGACUCAAGAGGUACACAUCUUUCAAAGCCUUCAGAUUAAUCAAUUGUCUUUUUUUUUUUCAUACAAAUCAGCAUAAGGGAUAAAUCUUAAAUUAGUCCACUGUGGAGUAGACAGGUGGCCACAGUAAUUGAAGAAAUCAAUAUUAUAGACACUUACCUUGUAUUAGUUGACUUCCUCCUCUUUCAACUUUCAAAGCAAUUCAGUAUCCAAAAUCCUGUGACUAGAUGAUUCAAGAUUUCAGUUCUGUGAAGCCUGCCACCAACUUCAACUCUUUUAACCUUUCAAACACAAUCUACGUCAGUUGACUUUAGUAGGAAUAAAAAGGGUAUUUUUUUUCCAUCUUACCAUCAUGAAUCUCCCUACUCCAAACUGCAUACUUAUUCCUAUAGCAUUAUAAUUCUGUAUUCCUAUAGCAUUAUAAUACUCCAACAAAGCAAGCACAGUCUUCCAGUGCUGAAGUGUUAAUGCCAACAAACACCAUUCAUUCAUGAUAAUGAGCAAUGGUUUUUUUUAUCUGAGACAUGUUAACCAUAACAGUAGUAAUUCAGACAGCAUGCACAUAACUGAAGAUUCCAUCAUUACCUCACUAUUUGGCUGUUUUAUCUUAAAAGGAACAUAGCUUGAAUGCCUCUCUCAGGUGUAGAAUAGGUAGAGACCUGUGUGAUUAAAAAUGGGGACAAUCACAUUAGAGGCUUCAGUGAGAGUGAUUUCUGGGGAAAAUGAGUUCUAUAUAGUUAUGUUAGCUUUAUGCUGCCUGUGCAUUCCCCAGGUACUCUUAAGACAGAGCAGGUUGGCUGUUGGCAAUGUAAGAACAUGAUGCAUGUGCCAUCUUUCUGGCUUUUGUACCUGCAGCUAUACACAGCAAAUCAUUUCUUGUUUUUAAGGUGAUUUCUGUCUACCUACAACACAUGACAUGUACUUAUUAUUAAGAACAACUACAGAUACACUGAUGGUAUUUACUUAUGAUACUAAUAAAAUAAUUACUAAGCGUUGGUGUGCAGAUCCAACCUGCCAGGUAUGGGCUUACCAAGCAUUGAGUCCAUAAAGGAGCUAGUUAGCAUAGAUUAACAAACAUGCUCCUUGUACACAAUGUUGCACAUUUUAUACUCAUAGUGUUCCUUAAAUAUCAGCAUCUUUUAUGUGCUGUUGCCAGCUACAAACUGUAAAUCAUGUGUGGCAUAAAAUAGACAAGGAAAAAAAAGAAAAUAAUGUUGAAGCCUGUGAGUAAACAGCUGAAGCUUAUAGCCUUUAGAUUGGCUGUUUAGGUAUGAGAAUCAAGAACUAGCACUAAUAAUUUGGCAUCCUUUAUGUAUUUCUAGAACUUUCAUUUGGUUUCUCAUCAUUGGCAAAAUAAAGAAAAAAGCAAGCAAAAAAAAAACUACCA